UUCGCCGAGGAAAAACUCCGGAAAAGUUUGUGACAAAAGAAGGCCGUAAAAGAUCGGAAUCGGAUUAGGAAUCGUGGGAACAAAUCCAGGAUAAAAAUGGUGCUCGACAUUAAGAUGUGCCGCUUUGACAAUGUCCCCUGGGGCUUUCGCCUCGUCGGAGGCUCGGACUACGACUAUCCCCUGAUGGUGGUUAAGGUGACCGAGGGCAGCAUUGCCGAGGAGGCUGGACUGCGGGUGGAGGACAUCAUCGUUCGCAUCAAUGACACGGCUGCCAUGCCCCUAACCCACGAUGAGGCCCACCGGCUCAUCAUGAACAGCGGCAGCGUCUUUUACUUUGGCGUCUACCGAGAGAACGAGGAGGACGCCUACGAGUGCCUCCAGAAGUUUCCCUUGAGCGAGGGUUCGUUGACCAAGUCACCCACGCCAUUGCUAAGGCCAUCGCCGACUCCAUCACCGUCUCAACCUGCAACUCCCACGCUGCUCCAGCUGACGGAAGCCACAAAUGCCCGUACUCCGGAACCGGAGACCCUUGCUCCUGCAGCUGCUGAUGCGCCGGCAGCUCCUGCCUUGGAAUUCGCUGCCGUUCAAGCGGUGGAUGUGAAUGUCACGGCGGAAUGUCGCCCAGCCAUGUCGGAAGUGCAUUCGGAAGACAAUCGCGGGGAUGUGCCAGCUGAGGCGGAAGAAGCCAAAGUCGCUGCAGAAACCGAAGCCGAAGCCGGAGUUGCAGCCGGGCAAGGACUCGGAGCAGGUCCUGGUCUCUACUUGCCCGAUUUGCCCGAUCGUCCGUGCUCCGCGCUGUCCGAACGGGCGGAAAUUAAGCUGGUGGAGGAGGAAAUUGCCGCCGUGCUGUCCGGCGAGUCGGAGGUGCUCAAGGAGCACAAUGUCCUCGGGAUCUUCCCCAAGCCGGGCGUCUGCAUGUCCAGCGACGUCCUGCGUUCGCUCAACGAGGAGGUGACCAAGACGAAGCUGGAGAAGGACAAGGAGAAUCGUAAGUGGUCCACCUUCCUCCAGAGGCCCAACCGGCCGGUGCCCAAGAGCAAGCAGCAGCUGGAGGCGGAGCGUCGGGCGGCCAAUGCCUACAAGGUGACGAUUGUAAAGUCCGCGCCACGCGACAAGUCGCCCAUGCCGGAAGCUAAGCCGGCGCCAAAGGAAGCCACGCCACCCAAGGAGGAGGUGCCGGUGCCAGAGCCGGAGCCGGAGCCGGAACCAGAGCCAGAGGCCGAGAAGGAAGAGGAACCGCUACCCACGGACAGUGAGGUGCCGAAUCUGGAGCAGCUGCCGGAGAGCGAGUUGCCACCGGACGAGCAGCUGGAGAAGGGCGAUGCCUCGAAGGAAGAGAAGGAGGCCUCGCCGGAAGAGGCUUCACUGGCAGCUACCGAGAACGGUGAAGUAACCGCGCUAACCGAUGCCCCGGCAUCUCCUCCGGCAGAGCCCAUUACUCCACCCAAAACCGAGGAGGAACUGGCCCUUGAGCGGCAGCUGGCGGAUGUCCAGAGGCAACUGGCUGCCCUCUCAUCGCUGCCCUCGACCAUACAGUCAACCCUGGAUGCGGUGACCAAGCAGCUGGCCGAAUUGCUGCCCACAUUCAAGCUGCAGCAGCAGGAGAGGCGGGCGAGUCAGGAGGGUCAGGAGCUACCGCAAAUCGAUGAAAAAACCGGCAGCGAGCCGGAUGAGGAUGGUGCAGGUGCAGGUACAGGCAAAGCCAUAUCCGUAUCUGGACCCGACAAGGAUUGCCCAGCGGGGCCAUGUGAGAGUAAUGAGGAUAGAUGCGAUGCCAAUGACCGGGAAGUUGCGGAAAUUUCGCGCUCAACUGACGACAAUCGCCUGGCCAAGGACAAGAGCAAGGAUAAGGAUGCGGACGGGAAUGGGGACGGGACCGAACAGCCCAUGUCCGAGGAGCAGGGCUUCAGGAAGCAGAAGAGACACGAUGUCAUCGAGGAGCUUGAGGAGCAUCUGGUGCGCAAGAACAAUCCCCGGCGGUCGAAGCGCGCCUUUGGCCCCUUGGUCCCGUCCUCGGAGCGUCCGUUGGUCCUGCCCGGUGGCCGGCGCUGGUACCGUCCCAAGGAUGCCUACAACGAUGAGUUCAUUGCCGAGACCCUGAGCGCCCAGGCGGAGCUCAUCACGGGCAGCACUCUCGGGGUCAACUUCAUGAAGUACCAGAAGCCGGAGCGCAAAAUCGAUCUGAAUCGCAGCGAGGUGUACAAGUAUCUCAAUCCGCAUCUGGACAGGGCGCCCGUGCGUGGCAUCGAGGUGCGUGCCCCACUGGUGGCCGCCGAGUCUGAUAUUCGCCAGUCAUUGCAAUCGUAGGAAUGGACCGGAAUGAGUACCAAGUACCAGCACCAAACAAACGCCAGAACCAGCACCAGAACCUCCCUCCGAAUGCCACAACACAAGCCAAUCUUAUUGGUACACACAGAGAAACAAAAGGUGUUCUUUGGCCAGUAAUCAAUAGCUGAAGAAUGUUGCCAAAUUAAGCAGAGAUUCAUUGUAGUUGAAUAUGAAUAAAACUCCUGUUGUUUUCUAUAUAAUAAAAGUUA